AUGGCCAACACGUCCAACAGGGGCAUUGUUGUUCUUUCCGGAGGAAGUGCGGCGAACAACCUGGUUGAUGUGUUCAAUGCAGUGCGCGAAAGCAAGAAUUGUCAACUGAGCUAUAUCAUUCCUAUCAGCGACAAUGGAGGAUCUUCCUCGGAGCUGAUUCGAAUCUUUGGAGGGCCUGGAAUCGGUGAUGUUCGAAGCAGACUGGUGCGACUGAUUCCGGAUUCACCAGCAAAUCCAGAGAGAUCAGCCGUCAAGGCCUUAUUUAAUCAUCGUCUGCCCGCAGAAGCAGUGGCUGCCGCUCAAGAAUGGCAGUCCAUUGUGGACGGAACAUCUGCUCUGUGGACUGCGAUCACUCCCGCCAAAAAGGAGUUGAUUCGUUCAUUCUUUAAUGUGUUGAAUCUGGAGAUAUUGAAACGGGCACGACCACCAUCAUCGACGUUCGACUUUACCUCGGCAAGUGUGGGAAAUCUGUUCUUGACCGCUGCUCGACUAUUCAGCGGCAGUUUCGAGAGUGCCAUCUACUUACUGGGAAGCAUCUGCGGCGUGCCCUCCGAUCUGGUACGCGUGAUUCCCGCGAUCAACUCCAACUUUUCCCACCAUAUUUCUGCCUCUCUUGCGGAUGGGACUGUCAUUGUGGGCCAGAACAGCAUCUCCCAUCCUAGCGAGACGACUGCUCUGCAGCACACACCCGGCUCCAGGAGACCAAGUCUACUCCUUGCCGAUGGCGACGAUGUUGAGUACACAGACUCAGAGGUCUCCGAUGCAAUGACCUACGAGGAAGAUCAUCUGCCCGGAUCACUGGCAACUCUCCGCAAUAAGAACAUCAAAUUCAGCAAAACCGAAAAUGAAGAUCUCAGCGCUCGAAUUACUCGAAUCUGGUAUAUCAACCCCUAUGGCCAAGAAAUCCGACCACCCGCCAACCCACGGGUGUUGGAAGCAAUCAACGACUCGCAAGCCAUCAUCUACAGCAUCGGCUCCCUCUACACAUCCAUCAUCCCAGCCAUCGUUCUUCGUGGCGUUGGCAAAAGCAUAGUCUCCAGCCCAGCCCGACACAAAAUCCUAAUUCUGAACGGAUCACUAGAUCGAGAAACAGGCCCUCCGUCGCGUCCGUUCGUCGCAUCUGACUUCGUCGAGGCAAUUGUCAGCGCUGGAGAAGAAAGUCGUGGCCGUGGUCCCCUUGAUAUCUUCAAGCGACACGCCCAUGAUCCUGUAUCCGACUCGUCCAAACCUACCACUAGGCAUUUCAGAUCUCCUCCGUACACUGCAUAUGUCACUCACAUAUUGCACCUAGAGGGGCCUGGCACGCCUCACGUGGACCGUGAGAGGCUUACUCAUAUGGGUAUCGAGACACUCCGUCUGUACGGGCGGAAGAUCACGGUCAAGGAGGGCGACAAGGAAACUGUUGUUGGGAUGAAGUAUGAUCCCAAGGCGCUUGUUCAGGCAAUUGAGGUCGUUUUGGGGAAGAAAGGAGAUGCGAUGAUUCGCAGUGGGUUAGAUGGUGGGCUGGGUAGACGGAAUACUUUAGAUCCUGCGCGAAGAGACCGGUAG